UCACUUCCAGUAAGUACAAAAUUUUGACGCGCUAGUUCAUAUGAAGAGCUGUGUUAUCAUUAUUUGACAACAAAGAUAACUAGGGAUGAGUAUAAGAAGGCAUGGGCUUCGUUUAGAGAAGUAUGGGAUAUGACGCUGAGGAAGUUGUUUUGCUACUAGUAUAGGUAUACUAUAGGGUGGUAUUCGAAAUGAGGGCGCCGUAAGGCCGGCUUCCUUAUCAGUUUAAGAUCCAUCCACAAGACGCUAAUUCCAUGCUAUACACACGUGUUUAACUUAAUGUAAAAUUUACAGAGCUUGCGCACAAAAAGUUAGAAAGAAAAGCUCUGCACCACAACGCAUUUUGACUAGGGCUGUGAUUAUAACACCUCGUUGAAGUUUUUUAGUUCAUGAUGAACGCGUUAUAUGUGACAGUGUCUAUUCCGCUACUACUUGUGUUAGCUGGGUUCAACCACGCUCACGGACUUACAACAUUUGGAAAAUCAAAUAACCAAGGCACGCAACAGCCUCAGAGACCAGCUGCGACACCAAAACAUUGUACAACCCAAGCCAAUUGUUCGAUAAUUAAGGGAACUACAUGUAUAAAAGACCGUUGUCUUUGUGGAAAUAACGAGAAUCCUAUUAAUGGCAAAUGUACAGCUUUGAAAGCAGGGGCAAAUCACUUAUGCACCUCCGAUGGAGAUUGUGUCGACGACGCUCACUGCUCGACUCCUCCUGCAAACAAGAGUAAAUCCAUGUUUGGUCCUAACGACAAAGUUUGUGUGUGUGACGAAGGACAUGUGGAAACAGAAAGAGGCACUUGUGGAGGAGAGUCUAACUUCUUCGUGCUGCCUGGAUUAAUAAUGAUCGCCACGAGCCUGUCAAGGAUACUGUACUGAACAUCAGGAUACACCAUAUGAAUUGAAUUUUCACCUUAUGGAUACUUCUUACUUUAAAUUUACCCUUAUUGUAUUGCAUGUUAAUUAACUAAUAAUUUACACGACUUUGCAAUAAUUCUGUUCGAGAUGUGGUAAAUUCUUUUAACAAAUGUGUAAUGUGUCAAAGUUUAUUUUCCGCUAUUAAUAUUAAAGUAUGUACUCGCACUGUUAGUGAGUUAAUAAAUGUUACAUGUGUAGUCGUUAUCUAUUAGUUGUUCGUUACAAAACUGAAUUUAUCAAUGGUGGUACGAAAAAUAGCAACAUUUUGGUGCAUUGUGGACGUACUGUUGUAGAAUAUUUGUUAUUCAUAAUGUGCUAUUUUUACACAAGCACUUUUAUAAACGUCAUUACACAUGUAGAAGACUAAACGGAAUUAGGGCACAUAAUUAUGUAUUUUAUAAUUCACCAGAAACAGACAAAAUAUAUAGAUACGUACAAGUAAAUAUAUUUAUUGUAACUUUAUAUAUCUUACAUUAUAUUCCAUAAUUUAUAAAUAAAUUAUAAUAAAACAUAA